AUGAGCGCACCGACAGAAGCGCUGACGCUCAGCGCGACGCUGUUCCACGCCGACGUGGACGCGUGGCUGCCGGCCGGGUUCGGCGUGCAGCGCCCCGCGGAGGACAAGCAAAAGGACUGGGAGGCGGCGCUGCGCUCCUCGGCCGAGCGGAGCAGCAAGCUUGGGCUCGGGCACCCGGCGCUCGAGGACCCGGUGCAGCGCGCCAAGGCCGCGACUGCGCGCGCGGGCGCCGACGCGAUCGCCAAGCGGCUAAAGGGGCGCAACAAGGCCGACGACGAGGUGCUGUUGCCGGGUGCCGGUGCUGCUGUCGACCACGACGAUGACGACGAGUCGCGCACCAAGAGCGUGGGGAAGAAGAAGCGCGUCGAUCCGUUCGCGACCAAGGCGAAGAAGAAGGGGAAGGCGGAGGUGGUCGAGCACCCCUUGUUGCGGCUCGGAGGCGCGGGGCCCGCAACGACGGCCGUGACUCCCACAGCUGUGACGACGACGACGGCGAAGGCGGCGGCGGCGGCGGCACCAGCAGCAGCAGCGACCAAACCGGCCCCCGCCCCCGCCCCACCAAGCCCCAAAUCCUCGCUCAAGCGACCCCGCGAAGACGACGUCCCCAGCCCCGACGACCGCGUGGCGGCCCUCAAGGCCGCGUCGGGCUCCGCGCCGCCUGCACCUCCCGCCACCGAGCUCAGCAAGACGCAGCUGAGGCGCGCGAACCGCAAAAAGGCCAAGCGCAACAAGAGCAAGGCCGACGAGUAG